AGAGAGAGAGAGAGGGGAGAAGGAGGAGGUCGACACCCACCACCGCCGGCCUCACCCCCAACCCUUCGCCCAUUACCCCCAUAUCCACAACCACGUCACCGCCCGUCUCCACUACCACAUCCACCGUCGGUCCACCCGCCUCUUCUCCUCCUACCUCUGCUUCCACCUCCACCAAAAUCCUAACACCCGCCGCACCGACUCAACCGACAGCGGCAUAACCCUCCCCCGCAUGAUGACACCAAGGACGACCAAAACGCCAUCGUCGGCCUCAACCCCACGUCACCACCACCGGAUUCACCUCUGGCGACCAACCCUUCGCCAAAAUUGACGCACCACCACCGACAACAAUCCACUGCCAAGAAACUCAACGCCAGAUCAAUCAGGCUAAUAAGAACGGCCCAUAUUUAGGGUUGGUAAUUCCAAACCUAUUUGAGAUGAACCCACUUCUUCAAUCUCCCAACUUCACAGCUAGUGACCUCAAAAUAGAUUUUGCAGGAAGGAGAUUUCGAUUUGGAACAAUCCACAAAAAGCAAGUCAUAUUGGUCAUGACUGGAUUGGGCAUGAUAAAUGCAGGUAUAACUACACAGUUAUUGUUGAGUUUAUUCAAGAUUGAGGGAAUAGUGCAUUAUGGAAUAGCUGGAAACGCAAACCCAUCUCUAAAUAUUGGCGAUGUCACCAUACCUCAGUAUUGGUCUCACACUGGUCUUUGGAAUUGGCAGAGGUAUGGAGAUGGCCCUGAAGAUGAACUGGCCCUUGAAGAGAAUGGAGACUACACGAGACAAAUUGGUUACUUAAAGUUUGCAAACUAUGCUCCGAACGUGACUGGAUGCAGCUCACAUCACAAUUUCCUGAACAAUGUUUGGUACCAACCCGAGGAAGUAUUCCCAGUGGAUGGGAUUCCAGAGGAAAGGGAACAUGCCUUUUGGCUCCCAGUUGAUGCCCAUUACUUUAAAAUUUCCAAAAAGCUACAGGGGUUGAAACUACAAGGCUGCCUAAACUCAACAACAUGUCUGAGUAAGACACCAAAAGUGACUACAGUUCUAAGGGGUACUAGUGCUAGCAUUUACCUAGACAAUGCUGCAUACAGGGGCUUCAUAUAUCGUAAAUUCAAUAUAAGCCCAGUCGAUAUGGAAAGUGCAGCUGUGGCACUCAUUUGCCUUCAACAAAGGCUACCUUUCAUCACUAUUAGGGCUCUCUCUGACUUGGCUGGCGGCGGUUCUGCCCAGUCCAACGAGGCUUCCACUUUUACUUCUCUCGCCGCCAAUAACUCUGUUACCGUUGUGGUGGAGUUCAUCAACAACUUAAUUAUAAGAUAACAUCAUUAAUUUCAUGAUUCUCAAGCCAGUUUGGUUUCCAUGCAUCAUUGUGUAUAUUUAUGUACUAUAAUUGUCCUUUUACAAUAAGUAAGCGGCUCAACAGCUAACGAGCUGUGCGAUUUGUUUAUCACUUAUUUUUAAAUAAUAAAUAAGUGAAUCAAAAGACCCCUUAAUUUCUAGAGUCUGUUGAUUAUUUCUAUCAUGCUUGGAUUGAUAUGAGUAGAGAUCCUUUUGGAUUCAUUUCUUUUGUGUUUGUGUUCCACCAUUCUUUUUCCCAACUUGUUCUCCCGGGUAACAUACAAUAAUAUUGUCUGAGUUAAUGAUUAUGAUUUUUCUUAAGUUAUGAGACAUUCAGGAAAAAAAAAAAAACUAGUAGCAAACUUUUACCAACUUAAUGUUGUUUGUUGGAAGCCAUGGUAAACUUGAUUCACAAAGUUGGUCAGAACAACUGGUGAGGCUAUUGAAUGCAUUGGUUAGAGAGUUUUGUAGGUUGAUUAUUGAGGGAGACUAGGUAGGCACAAGUUUGUUGACAAAUUAAGCCAAUGUGUAAUUGUCUAAUAUCUAGCUUAUUUAUAUGUACUAGGUGCGUGCCAACGUGCACAGCACGUUAAUCAUGCCCGUUUUGUGGAUGGGUUUGUUUUUCUGUUGAAAUUUUGGAUGUUGUUGACGAUAGUGAAGCUUAUAUGAAUAUAUUUGGUGAAGCGUCUGAAUAGAAGUAGUUACUUGUAGUAGUUAUGAUUUUGAUAAGUCUUUGUGUUGAACAAAAGAGUUGAGGUUGUUUGGUUUCUUGGAUCUUGGCUACAGGGGUUUUUAUAUAAUUGCCAAAGGGCUAGACAAAGCAAAAGGCAGAGUUUGUUCUACUUAGAUAAAGCAAAAGUGCUUGGUCUGUGAUUUCUUGAUGCCAAAAGGUUAUGAAGUGUUGGAGCUGGUGGAAAGUGAUCAUUUGUCUGUGCUGGGGCUGCUUGGAGUUUCUUCAGCUGUUGCGGAGGUGUCUGUUGCAAUGUUGUUUGCUGGGUUGGAGGCUGAGCUGGUUGAAGUGUGGUCUGCCUUUUUGCUUCUUUUAUUUGGAGUGUUUGGUGGUAGAGCAAGGAGUGCUUCUAAACGAUCUGCUGCUUCUGUGCUGUUGUCAAGAGAGAUGGCAUGGACAGUGAAUUUUUAUUGACUGAUUCCGGCAUAUUUGUGCAUGUAUGCUUUCAAUGUGGCGAGGCAUUUUUUUGGUUCAGCUAGCAUAUGAAGCACUGGGAGGGUGAGUUGUCCCUGUAUUUAGUUGGUGGUUAGAUAAUUUUGUAAUGUGAAGUAGUUGAGUUUGUUCUUAAUGAAUGAAGGAUGUUUUUCUUACAUUGAUUGCAUCUGUUGCUGAGAUGUUAUAGAACUCUGCUGCAAUUUCUGAAAA